AUGUCCGAGCUAAAAACGAUCAGACAAGCGAUCAAACCGUUGUUAAUAGUGAAUUUUAUAUUUGGAAUGGGUAUAUUCGAGUUUGAAAAGAAGCAACCAUCGAAAAUGAUCGAAUACGCGUACACGUUGUUUUGUUUAGUGUUAUUCAUCUCUGUUAGCAAAUUCUCUUUGCCUUUUUACGAGAUACUACUUAUGUCGCACGCGGUGGAAGCAAGUCGUAAAAUGUUCCAAACGAUUUUUUUUUUAAAUGUAUUGCUGAUGGGCGCGCUGGUGGUUACCAGUAGGAUUACUGCAAAGACAUUGGGAAAAGUAAUUGUCCUCGUUGAAUCAUGCGACCAAACGAUGGAGAACAUAGGUUUGCCCAAAGGAUACCGCAGUUUGUUCCUGCACCAGGUCCGUGAAUUUGGGAUUUGUGGAUUUUUCAUCACACUAGUUGCCUUGGAAUUUUUCUAUUGGAACUUAACAGAAUCGAUGAUACUCUUCUCAUCGAUUCUCGCACUUAUGUCGCAUGCUCCAUUGAUGCUAAUCACCGUCUGCGACGUCUCCUUCUGCUUCUGGGUCAAAUACUUGAAGCUGAAAUUUCACCAAUUGAACCAACUGCUUCACGGUAUGCUGACAACGUCACCGGACUCACCGCAACACAAGAGGGUCCUAGAGAUGCGGUAUGAUUCCGAGAAUAAGAAAUUUACGUCGUUCAGGAACCAUCACGUUCGAGGAAGCAACGCGAACGCAAACACGAUGAGAGCAGUAAAGCAAAUUCACCUGGAGCUGAUCAAGAUUGCAAGAACAAUGAAUGCCGCAUACGGGAUGCAGAUUCUGUUAAUGGUGACCGUGUCGUUCAUCAUCAUCACUGGCCUUUUCUACCUGUUCUACAAUCUCCUAUGGCAAGAUUUAAACACCGUAGACUUCAUAGGAGCAAUGAUGCCCACGUGUUGCUGGAUCUUCACCUAUACGAUGAAGAUAUUCUACGUGAACCACGCGUGUGCCAAAACGAGCGCUGAGGCAGCAAACGCUGGAGACAUAAUUUGCGAGCUCUACGAGCCAUCCACUAGCAGAGAAUUUCGAGCAGAGAUCAGAGAUUUCACUCUACAAUUAAUCCAAAAUCCACUGAUAUUCACCGCCUGCGGAUUCUUUGAUAUGGACCACGCCUUUAUCCAAGGAAUCGUUGGAUCAAUCACCACGUAUCUCGUGAUUCUAAUCCAAGUGGGAGAUAUGACGAUGCAACGCUCUGCCAACUCUACCACCGAUGACCAUUUCAAUCAGACCAUUUCAACACUCGAAGUGGUGAACGUUUAG